UUAUUAAAAACUGCUUUCAUAUGGACAAGACCAUUUUUUUUUUUGAGGGACCAGCUUUUGAUGUUUUAAAAGUUUAGGAUGGAAAGUUCCACUUAGGAAACAAUUUAGGGACGAAAAAUACAAGUUUUCCGAUUUCAAUAAUAUAAGUUAUCUUUAUAGAAUACAAUUUGGUUGUUAUGCUUAAUUUGUUAGUUGGAUAGCUGAACUGAUUGAUCUUCAUCUUGUUUAAACAUGGAUAUCUAGGAGACAAUGCUAAAAUUUUAUGACAUAUUCGGCCAUCUGGCGAAUGUUCUAAGAAAAGAUAGUGUUUCGGACUUCCUCAACCUCUUCAAAAAGUAUAGGGGGCACUUGGUUGCUGGAUAUGUCGUCACCCCACAAACCCUUGACCUGAUUAUUACAGAGAAUGCCCUGCGCUGUGCUAAGUUUGUUUUGGAGGGGAAGGAGCCUAAGCUCCGUGGGAUGUGCGCCAACCCCAACUACAUGACCAGCCUCGGGUACUUCCCCCUCCACCGAACUGCCCAGACAUUCUCCGCCGACAUGGUUAAGAUACUACUCCGCCAUGGUGCAUUGGCUAAUCUACGCACCUCAGGUGAAAGAAUCAUCGAGGGCCUCCUGCCACUCCAUGUUGCCAUCGAGGACACUUGCCAGCAUAAGUAUCUGGAGGAUAAUCUAUUAGCUGACGAGAGCUACAGGAAGGGGUAUGUCGAGUACAUCUACAAGCUCAUACAUCUGCUUUGCCUGCCUGAGAUGAAGAUCUUCUUGGACACCAUUAGAUUGCUUGCAGCUCACACGGAUAAUGUUGCUGCUGAGCUCUGGAAUUACAUCGAGCAUGGGAAGAUUGUCCCUGCAGCUAUUCUUCUCCUUGCAGCUCAAAGGCGAUUCCGUAAGCUCAAUGGUUUUGAUACGAUCAAGAACCGUAUUGAUGAUUCUAUAUUGUCCAUGAUAAGGGAGGGGUGUGGAUUGCAAAUUGGUAAAUAUACCAAGGCAGCAAAGCAGCGGAAGGAGAAGGAAUUACGUUUCUAUAAUGCAUUAUUCCUUGUUAGGAUACUUCUGAAAUCUGGGGAAGCUCUUGAUGCAUAUAUUCAAACUCAUUCAGAGGCAUCAUCACAUCAGGAGGUCCAUGGAAAAGUUUCAGCAAUUCUUCAGAAUUAUGAUGUUGGUCCUCUUGGAAAAGGAAUUUGUGUUGAAGAGCUUAAAUGCCGCCCAUAUGACUGCAGAGUGCCCCAUAGUGUAUUACAUGGACAUGGUGCGUGUGCAUUGCAGAACAUGGGGACACAGAUUUCACCAAGGCAACCACAGGAUCACCAACUCUGGAUGCCAAGGCAAAAAAAGUAAAGGAUAUCUGAACUUCAUUGCCUUCAGAGUUUUCUAUUUCUUAUUUUGCUGCAUGCUGGAUAUCUGUUUUUUACGAAUUCAGUAUUUUAUGUUUUCAUUUAUUUCUGCUGUUUCCAUGCUGAUACUGAGGGGAUGAAGUCUUCAUAUGUUAGAGGAAGAGCUAACAUGUACAAAUUCAUGAGUUCUUUAAUGUCUAGAGCUGAGACACUCUUCUUUUGUUUUCUCUGAAGACAAAUGAUUUUGUGCAAAUGAUCUGUCUGCUUGGUGUCGUCAACGCAUAUCCUCUUCUUAUACCAAUUUUGUAGUCUGAAUCAAUCAGAAGAGUCAAAGGACAAUCUGGCCUGGGGUGUUUAAUUUUCUUGCAUUGGCAAUGACCUGUCGAGAUUAAGAAAGAAAACUCGACCAAGACUCUGUUUUUCAGUUGAUUGUUCUUACAUAGUAAUGCUUAUGCACGUCGAAAUAAGCACCGUGUUAUCAACACUGAUAUCUCCAUCAUUUAUGUGUUAAACAGGCUGUGAGAAGGAAACCACGCAGAGGAGAAGACCUCUGGUACGCAAGGGACCAGUUCAUACCGAUAUGGAGGUCGGUGCUUAGUGCGCGGUAUAUCACGAGAAUCAUUCCAUCCUAUGUGCCGAAGAAAGAGUUUGCAGAUCUUCAGCCUCAAACUCAAAUCCAGCUUGGCUUGUUGGAGAGAAGGUAUAUUUUCUACAAUCCAUUCUCCGCAAGCAACUGCCGAUCAACCAGAAGGGGAUUUGGGCCCGACGUGUCAACUCUCCUGAAGACGCUGAAGCGAGUCAUGUGACGAUCGAGCACUGGCGAGAAGGUAUAAUAGUUUUACUUGUUAGUUGAAGCUUCUGGACACACUCUAGAUGGGAAUGGAAGGAGUUGAGGCACCCGAUCAUCCCCUGGAAGAUUUCAGUUAUCUACUGUAUUUCGGUGUUGGGGGUCGUUAGCAUGAACUGAACUAAUGCUUAAUAGGUUGUGCUUCAGCCAUGAAUGCUUGAUCAAUUGCCAUGAUCAGUGAUGGAACUGUGCUUGGAUGUCUUGACUGUCACUGUCUAUCUAAAACAGCUGUUAGUUGUUUAAGUGGAAAUAUGAGUAUGUUUCUGAGGCUUGUCAUGACCUGAUAAGUUGUGAAACAUAUGCCCGUUUUAGCUUGAA